AUGCCGGGGAUGUCUCAUUAUGUUUGUUGGUGUCGCAAAUUAUUGCUUCAAGGACAAUUAAAAUUAAUGGAGGAACGUUAUAUCAUUAAAAUCUUCGAUGUUCAAUAUCUUUAUAAAGUAAAACCGAAGCCAAAUUAUACUGAAAUCAGCUAUGAAUACGACAUUAGGCAGUUCAUUGAUCAGCAUCAUUUCACAGCAGCAGUUCCAUCACCAGAUGAACAGAAAGAAAAACUUAUUUCAUUUCAAUUUCUUUUGAGCUUACAAAUUGGGUAA